CUCACUACCUUUAUUUCAUCUAUCUUCUGUCCCACAGAUUUCUCUAUAUUGAUCAGUAUGCUAAGACUAUAGCAUGUCAAUUUCUAUUUGUAAUGAAAAUUGUGCCCAGAAUCUUAGAAAUGCUCAACUGGAAUGCCUCUCUUCUCGUGAAUCACAGUACUCAAGGUACUCAACAUUUGCUCUUUGGAAAAUUCCAUAGUAAUCAAAGGCUGAAGACUCUGGAGCUAGCCAAUCACACUUUUUACAAUGGAUUUUCAGGACUCAGACUGCAGAUGCCGCCUGAUAGGGUAUCGGCGGCGGUCAUAUUGGAGCCCCCAGGCCUGCGGCUGCAGUCCCCGGAGCUCCCGGGCCCAGGACAACAUGGCAAAGCCCAGGCAUCUCAGGGGUCUGGGGAUUUGCAUUGCCGCAGCGCUGGCGUCCUUCCUUUUCGGCUUCAUUCUGGGCUGGUUUAUUAAGCCUCUCAAAGAAACAACUACAUCAGCUGGUUAUCAUCAAAAUAUGCAGUGGAAACUCCUAUCUGAAAUGAAAGCUGAAAACAUUAGAUCAUUUCUUCGUUCCUUUACAGAAUUUCCCCAUCUGGCAGGAACAGAACAAAAUUUACUGCUUGCCAAGAAAAUCCAAACACAGUGGAAGAAAUUUGGAUUAGAUUCAGCCAACUUGGUUCAUUAUGAUGUUCUUUUAUCUUACCCAAAUGAGACAAAUGCAAACUAUGUAUCAAUUGUGGAUGAACAUGGAGUUGAGAUUUUUAAAACAUCAUACUUUGAACCACCACCAGAUGGAUAUGAGAAUGUUACAAACAUUGUACCACCAUAUAAUGCGUUUUCAGCCCAUGGCAUGCCAGAGGGAGAGCUUGUAUAUGUCAACUACGCUCGCACUGAAGACUUCUUCAAACUAGAAAGAGAGAUGAACAUCACCUGCACUGGGAAGAUUGUUAUUGCAAGAUACGGGAAGAUCUUUCGAGGAAAUAAAGUGAAAAAUGCCAUGCUAGCCGGAGCCAUAGGAAUCAUCCUGUACUCUGAUCCAGCUGACUACUUUGCCCCCGAGGUACAGCCGUAUCCCAAAGGAUGGAACCUUCCUGGAGCUGCAGCACAGAGAGGAAAUGUCUUAAAUCUGAAUGGGGCAGGUGACCCACUCACUCCAGGCUAUCCAGCUAAAGAGUACACCUUCAGACUUCAUGUUGAAGAAGGAGUAGGGAUUCCAAAUAUACCAGUACAUCCAAUUGGAUACAAUGAUGCAGAGAUACUGUUACGAAACUUGGGAGGAGCUGCUCCACCAGACAAAAGCUGGAAGGGAACUCUGAAUGUUAGUUACAACAUCGGACCUGGCUUUACAGGAAGUGGAUAUUCCAGGAAAGUUAGAAUGCAUGUUAAUAAUAUUAACAAAAUCACAAGAAUUUACAAUGUAAUUGGAACUAUCAGAGGGUCCAUAGAACCUGAUAGGUAUGUCAUUCUGGGAGGUCAUCGUGACUCCUGGGUGUUUGGAGGGAUUGACCCUACCACUGGGACAGCAGUUUUGCAAGAGAUUGCCCAGAGUUUUGGGAAACUGAUGAAUCGAGGCUGGAGACCUAGGAGAACUAUCAUCUUUGCCAACUGGGAUGCAGAAGAGUUUGGGCUGCUGGGUUCAACUGAAUGGGCUGAAGAGAAUGCAAAGAUCCUCCAGGAGAGAAGCGUUGCUUACAUCAACUCAGAUUCAUCUAUAGAAGGCAAUUACACUCUACGAGUUGACUGUACUCCUCUUCUUUACCAGUUGGUGUAUAAAGUGGCAAGAGAGAUCUCCAGCCCUGAUGAUGGUUUUGAAAGUAAAUCACUUUAUGAAAGCUGGCUGGAAAAAGACCCUUCACCUGAAAAUAAAGAUUAUCCUAGGAAAACAGAUAAAUACAGCAGCUAUCCUGUAUACCAUACCAUCUAUGAGAUGUUUGAAUUAGUAGAGAACUUUUAUGACCCUACAUUUAAAAGACAGCUCUCUGUGGCUCAGUUUCGAGGAGCAUUGGUGUAUGAGCUUGCAGACUCGGUUAUCAUUCCUUUCAACAUUCAAGACUAUGCAAAAGCCUUGAAAACCUAUGCAGCAAAUAUCUUCAGUUUAUCAAAGAAACAUGAACAGCAACUGAGAAACUAUAGAGUGUCAUUUGAUUCCUUAUUUUCUGCUGUGACAAACUUUUCAAAGGCUGCUUCAGACUUUCAUGGAAGACUCACACAAGUUGAUCUUACUGAUCCUAUUGCAGUGCGAAUUAUGAAUGACCAACUGAUGCUUCUGGAAAGAGCGUUCAUAGAUCCUCUUGGUUUACCUGGAAGGCAGUUCUACAGGCACAUCAUCUUUGCUCCAAGUAGCCACAACAAAUAUGCUGGAGAAUCAUUCCCUGGGAUUUAUGAUGCCAUGUUUGAUAUCGAAAAUAGAGCAGAUCCUCACUUGGCCUGGGCAGAAGUGAAGAAACAUAUUUCUAUUGCCACUUUCACGAUUCAAGCAGCAGCAGGGACACUGACAGAUGGGCUGUAAAGCUCCUGUCAAGUAACUUCAUCACUAUCAGCACUGCAGAGGGCUUGAGAGUGAAGCUGUUAGAGGGAGGUCUCACUCAAAUGGAUUCACCACUAAAGGUGCUGCUGAGACAAAAGGUCUUUUUCUCUGAUGAUUCACGAAGCCAGGGUAUUCUAAAACCAUCAUUUUCAGGUCAUGUUUUGUAUGACAACCUUACUUAUCUGUCCUGUUUUUUUUUUUUCUUUUUCCCAUUUUAACUCUUGCAUGCAUAUUCAGUGAAAGUGAAAUUGGAAGCAAUCUAAAUGUUCAUGGACAGAUAAUUGAAUUCAUUGUGGUCGAUAUGCACAAAAAAUACUACUGAAAAUGAAAGAACUGCUGAACAUCCAAUAUUAUUGGUAGAUCUUGCUGAGUAAAAAGUUGGACAUCAGUGAGUCCAGAAGACCAAACUAAUCUACACUACUAUUUAUCUUUUUAAUGGAAAAACUUCUGGGGUAAAUAGAAUUUUCCAUACCUCCGGCUUAGUGUUAGUUACCAAAUCUCAUCAAGCUGUCAUUUAAAUGUCUACAUUUUAUUGAAAAUUAUUUUGAAAUAAAUUUGAUUAUGAGGGGGAAAUCCCACCAAAAAAAGAAGUCAGGUAAAGAAACAGAAAUAGUACACCAUCCCUUGUAAAUGAUCAAGGAAUGAAUAUAUGACGUAUAAAUGGUACUUUGAUAACUUCAGUUCUACUGAAUAAACAUGUAAUUCUUACAAAUGAGGAAAUAACCACCCCAACUCUCCACCCUAAUUCCUUUAAGAAAAAUUCAACAGCAUUACAGGGUUUUAGGCAGAGCCUUGGGAUUACAGGUGAAUAUCAUUGAAGUUUCAUCCAGUAAGAAAGGAUGCAUACUUGGCUCGAUGGUAGGACACUUGCUUCGUUUCUUCAAGAACCAAGUUUUUUCCUCAGUAUUACACACACACACACACACACACACACACACACGCAUGAAUAUAUGUGUAUAUACAAGCACAUAUGCACUCACAUAUUAAGUAAGCUUGGUUGUUUAACUACUUUACCAUGUAAUAAAAAAAAACUAGCACAGUUCUUUCCCUUAGCCUUGGGGAGCAUCAAGGGAGAGGGUGUGGACAGACAAUACAACCUGGAAGGAAUGCUAUGGAAUGGUCUUCUGGACAUUAUUGUUGCACACAUAAAUGUGCAGCAGUUGUGGGUUAUCUACACAAGGUCAAGCACAAGAGUCCAGAACAGAGCUGGGCGGUGGUGGUGGCCUUUAAUCCCAGCACUUGGGAGGAGGAGCCAGGCAGAUCUUUGUGAGUUCAAGGCCAGCCUGGUCUACAGAGCGAGAUCCAGGACAGGCACCAAAACUACACAGAGAAAUCCUGUCUUGGAAAACAAACAAACAAACAAGAGUCCAGGACAGGGGAGGGACUCAUGAGGUCCCAUCUGUAAAGGAAGAACUAUUGGCAGUUAAUGGCUGGGAGAAGGAGAAGGUAAGCUAGGUUUUCAGGCUGUAGCCACUGGUAAGUUGCCCAUGGUCCAGUAAACAGACCCACAGCCACACACAUGCAAGAAAAUCUAAUUAAACUCAGAGUACUGAAAAAAAAAAAAAAAACGACAUGAAAGGAGUAGAAGGUAUUGGGAAAAUAGGUUCUGGAGGGCAUGGGAGAGUGAUAAGAGAAUUGGGGGUGAA